ACAAGUAAAAGUGGAAGCAAAGGAGAAAGAACCGACAAGAAGAAGAAGCGCUGCUGAGAUGCUUCUCUGCCAUCGUCGCUAACGGACGGCUCUCUCGACUCGUCUCACUCUGGCCCAUCUUUUAUAGACCGUCUCAACUGCUUCCAGCCGAAACACCGGUAACAGCACACACACACAACAAGACACUGAACAAGAGUGAGCAACGAGAGAGACCGGUAGCAUCUUUGACGAGUUGAGCUUGUUGGAAAACUUUUCUUUCUUUCCAGGACUCGGCUGGAAAUGUGAGAGAGAUAUCGUGCGUGGAUUAUAGUUUUGAUGAAAAAAAAACUUCCUGUUUGACUUGUGUGUGUGUAUGUGUGUGUGGUUUGUUUUUUAAUUAAACACCGACUACAGUGGCGUCAAAGUUGAGUUCGGUGCUGCACUCUAACCAGUGACUUUUGAGUGUGCUGUCUUGUCAAACUCGACGGGCGCGCGGGGCGGAGUGGGAUUCGAAUCAACAAAAAUUGGCUUGGCAGAUGUAAUCACCGUCGCCGCCGAGAGUCCGUGAUCAAAGUCAACUUGUGCGUCGAUCGAUGCCGAAACGAAUCGAGUUGUUGACAAACCAAACGUGCAGCGCUAGUCGAGGAAGGAAGGGAGGGGUGGAAAAAAAAAUCCCAAAGACAAGCGGCUCUCAAUUUCAUUUCUGUCGCCCCCUCCGUUUGAUUUGACCGUUAUUUCUACUAUUGCGGACAGCGGGGGUAAGUUGGUAUUGAUCCGAAAAAUAAAAAAGGGUCGGUAUAGUGCGGCGCUAGAGCGAGCAGCUGGACUGGAGGCUAAAGAGAACGGGUCCCGCUGCUUUAUUCCGGAUGAAUCGUUAGAAAAAGGGGGGAGCACCAGCAGCAAAGAAAAAAAAAGAAAUACAAAAUAGAGAAAAAAUAAUAACAAAGUCAAACCCCCCAGCGGCGAUGAGACAAGUAGGCUCAUCGACUUGCUAGCGAACGUUGGAUGAAGUGAGCAGGUUGUCGUAACAUAAAUAAACGAGUGCGCGUCAUCACAAGGAAAUACAAGAGCCUGGGCGAACGCGAGAAUAAGAAGAAAAAAUCCCGAAUUGGAAAAGAAGAAGAAGAAAAGCCGAGAAAAGAAGAUGCGGUCGUCUUCCAGCCUGUCGCUUUUAUUGCUAUUCCGCUUGUGCAACUGGGCGUCGGGGUCUUCCAUCAUCCAACGGCCGGACGAUCAGCAACAGCCGAGGAGAAUCCCUCCCAAUCAAUCAGAUGCCGCCGCCACUAACGCCGCCACCGACGCCGGAUCAACAUCAUCAUCAUCAUCGGCAUCUCGAUGGUUAUCGACUUGGAUGUUGCAGGAAGGGCAGCAGGCGCAUCGGGACACGGUUCCGGUGAUCAAGUCGAUCAAGAGUCGAGGCUUCCUAGUGGGCGACUUUUGCGACGACGCCGAUCAGUGCAAUUCCGGACUGCCUCACACCGUUUGCAACGCCAUGACGCAACGCUGCGAGUGCGACUCCGACUUCCCCAUCAUCGUCGACAACUCCAUCUGCGUCCCACCUUUGAAGCUGGGCGAAGAUUGCCUCUACGAUCAGUCGUGUCAGUACUACGACCGCAACUCCGUUUGCGCCUUGUCGGACCAAGGCACCGCUCAUGAAUGUCGUUGCCGGGCGGCAUUCCGUCCGUCCAUCACGCUCGAAUCCAUUUCGCAAACUAGCCUUUGCCUCCCAGAACCGCACGGACCUUGGUUGAAAUCCGAUGUGCCAACGGUCAUCGGAUUGGGUGUCGGCAUGUCCAUUUUCAUGGCGCUGACCUGCCUCGUUUUGAGACUCUUCAGCCGGGCUCGUUUCGCUCAAGAUCAAGCCCGAGGCUACGGCAACGCUCACUUGGCUCCGCCGUCCAGCGUCAGUACGACCAUCAACCACACUCACACAGAUGGAAAGCAUCCGCCGCGACCCAACUACCACCGACAGGUAUCCAUCACCGAUUCCGAGACAGCUGCACCCACAGAUAUCGGGGCGCGUAGGACUAACUCGAUCAACAACGGCGGUCACCAUCACUCGCGGGGAUCCUUCUACGGUCGAAGGCAGAGCAACCACUCGGCAACGUACGAAGCCAAGAGCCCCAUGAGGAAUCACCGAGGCGAGACAUCUGCAAACCGCGAAUCCACCAGCGCUCAACCGGAUAAUGCCGAAGAUCGAACGCCAGCCCCACUCCAUCGAUCCGACAAUUCCAUACGCUCCAGCCUGGAUUGAAAUGGAGAAUCUCAAUUAGCAAAGAAGAUAUAGUGGAAAGGAAUGAAGAACAUCGCGAGCGGAAAAACAAAACAAAAUAUAUAUAAAUUCGCUGGAGCUCAUCCAUUAACAAAUACCCUGCCAUCGUGUUAACAAACGGACAAACAUCUUCCGGCUCUGUGUUUACUUAUUAUUGUUAUUAAAUAUUUUUGUUUUAAAUCACACUGUUUUUUUUUUGUUUUUCACUGGACAAAAAUGGCACUCACUCACAGUUUCAUCUUUUUUGAGACUCGCAUUGAUAGAUGUAAUUAAGCUGUUGUGGGGUUAAUUGUGCCCUCCGCCAAGAGAAUGGCCAAAUUCCUCCUCAAGUUGUCACGGUGUUCUGUAAUCCAUGAGAGCGCCAACUCAAAAAGGCAAACAGUCGACAUUCUCAUCAAGAUGACAUCAAUUAUCAAAUAUCUAUACCAUUAUAUGGAGUGUGUAAUAUCAUCUACAUGUGUGUGUGAUUGUGGAAAUUCUUUGUUACCCUCACCUCCCCGGCUUUUCCUCCCCUCCCCUUUUUUCCUUCAAACCUUUUACGUAUCUCCGAAAUAUUGGAUGUCAUACUAUAUAAUAAACGAUUUUCUAUACAUGAA